GCCCCACUGCGCUUAGCGCCUUACGGCUGGAGAAUCGUGGCUUGGCGUAGAGACUAUAGGGUAGCUCAUUAACAAUAUCUACAAUCACUUGGCGCGCGUACGCGCGCACUGCCUGUAUUCAAGUUUCAUCGAGACGGUCCGCUAGAGUCAAUGCUGGUUGACUUGCUGAUCUCAAGAAUGAGGGCUAUGGCAGCGAUCUGCAAGCCAGCGUCUAACUCGAGCCUCUUCAGUGUCAUCAUCGCCGUCAUCACAAGCCAAACAGCAGCGCCAUGCCCUCUGUGACGUCUCGCAUCGUGGGCGCCCUCAUGGCGUUACAUGCAGCCGACUCUCUGGGCUCCACAUACGAGUUCCAGCCACACGCCGAGAUCCCCCAUCCCUUACCCAACACCGUCCUCUCCGGCGGCGGCGUCUUCAAGUGGAAGCCUGGCGCCGCCACGGAUGACACGGACCUCACCCGCGCCAUCCUGCUCGCCUACCAUGGCCUCCUCACCGGCAAGACGUUCAAGCACGGAUACAGCGUCAUCAAGGCCAGCGCUGAGCACAUGCUCGCAUGGUACGUCGGUGACUGGCCGGGACGCAAGCCGGGCUCCCCGCCCGUCGACGUCGGAGGCGCCACGCAGGAUAGUCUCGAGCGGUACAAGAAGCACCGCGACAUGAACUCGUCUGGCGAUGGCAAGGGCAGCGCGGGGAACGGGUCUCUCAUGCGGUGCCUACCGACCGGUCUCUUUCAGCGUGACAAGAGGCUGCUCAUCUCGGAGAGUAAGCGCAUCAGUGCCAUCACGCACGACGACGACAAGUGCAAAAUCUCCUGCGCGGCGUACAACAUGAUCGUGAGGGCGCUGGUACUGGGGGAGAGCCCGCAGGAGGCGGUGCGCCAGGGCGAAAAGGUGGCCAUUGAGCUCGAGAAGGGGCAGACGGGGCCCGUGUACUCUGCUCUCCGCCUGGGGUGGGAGAUCUCCCUACCCAAGCUGGCCAAGCUGGGCCCCGAGGGCACCUUUCCCGGGGGCUGCAGCGGCUAUGUCCUGGAGACGCUGACGCUGGCCAUCGCUGCUGUGUUGGACAAGAGGGGCAUGGAGGCCAUCAUUAGCGACAUUGUCUGCGUGGGCAAGGACACGGACACAAACGCCGCCGUGGCGGGUGGUCUCCUGGGCGCACGAGAUGGCGAGGAGGCUGUGCCCAGGCAUUGGCGGGAUACGAUACAGUAUGGAAAGGAGUUUAGGCAUCUGGCGCACGAGAUGCUCAAAGCCCAAAAGUGGGACAAGUGACCCUGUCUCGAGGGGACCAAUAUCAUGCAUGGAAGACGUUAGAUACUUAGAUGGCCAAUGUGAUUGCAUGAUCAUGUC